AUGUCUGACUCUUCGUCCUCCGACGGGGAGGACACCUGGAUCCAAUGGUUUUGCGGCCUGGAGGGACAUGAGAUGUUUUGCGAGAUAGACAGGGGCUACAUCGAGGAUGCGUUCAACCUCUACGGGCUGCGCCACUUCGUGCCUCGCAUAAACGACAGCUUGGACUUGAUCCUCGACCGCACAGCCCAAAACGAGGCGAGCCACGAGCUGAUGGAGGCUACCUGCGCGCUGUACGGCCUGAUCCACGCGCGCUACGUGCUUACCGCGGCCGGCCUGGAGGCGAUGUACGCGAAGUACACGCUGCAGGAAUUUGGCAACUGCCCGCACUUCCUCUGCAAGGGGCAGUCGGUGGUUCCUCUAGGAGUACGGGACGAGCCGCACAUAGAAACGGUGAAGCUGUACUGUCCCAAGUGCCAGGACGUGUACGUGCACCCGUCGCACGCAGCUCAGAGUGAGUUUGGUUCAUCUUGGCACCAUCAAUUGUACCACAUAGUUUGCUUUCUAAAAAGUAUGUUGUAG